CUUCAAUUUUCGCAAAUGGAACGACAUAUAAAGAAUAAUAUGCGUUAAAGAGUUGCUAGAAAAUACCAAUAUAUUAUAAUGUAAUUUUGUGUAUGGUAUCACAGUGAAAUCAAUCGGGAAAAGAAAAAAGCAGCAUAGCUACAAAGGAUCAAACUGAAAUGGCGCGAAUCCUGAAUACGAUGAUGCAAAAUACGUCAACGACAUCGCGCGCGACAAUCGUCGCGAAUGGUGACGCUGACCCGUUUUAUCCAUGCAAUCAAUUCGACACUCGUUCAAGUCACGGCACCGGCUGCAAAUAUUGAUCAAAGCGUCGACUCGACCGUCGACAGUGCGUCCAUAGCGAUCGCGGUAGUGAUGUGCGGAGGAAUCGUCGCACGAACGUCGCGCGCACGAAAAUCUCUGGGCUUUUUGCUGCUGCUCUUUUCGAUCGCGCGCUUGCCGCUGCUGCGACACGCCGAUGCGAAAAUACUUCGCGGUGAUCUGGUGACGAGCGAAAAGUGGGCAUUCGUCGCGAGGUUCUGCUUCCUGACGGAGCGCGGUACGUUUCGGUACCACUUUCGACUAGGGGGCGAGGAGCGCGAUUUGAAUCUCUUGCUGUACUACGACGCGACUCACCAGUGGCCCAGCAUCUAUCCGUCCAACAAAACAUGCAGGGAGAAGGAGAGUAUCCUCGACAUCGAUCACGGUCAGAUAAUACCGUUGAACACGUCGAUGCGAUUGUCGUCGGGUUGUACGGAUGGUGACGACGGCGUCGUUCAAUGCGACAGUCAAAGAAGAUUCAUCUCGGCCCGACCAAGAUGGUGGUUCGUGGCCCUGGCCGAUUGCUCUUCCAAAAACGGCUUAAACGUCACGUACUGGAUGUCGUUGACCAACGCACCGUCCGGUACAUUCUGGAAAGAGCACUUCUCCGCGGACGAAUUCUACAUACUGCCGGUACUGAUAACGACCGCCUGCGUCUACGUGAUACUGGUGACGCUCAGUUUCCACAUAGCGCUGCAGCUACGCUCCAGGAGGCUGCUGCACGUGUCCUACAAGCUAUUCAUGGCCUCUCUGCUGUGCCAGUUGCUAGGUGCGUUAUGCGAGAUCUACAGUUAUGUGAAUCUCGGACUGAGAGGAAUCCCGGCGGCGAAGGCGUACUUGCUGGGUCAGUUGUCCGAGGCGUGCUCUGAGACUCUUUACACCGUGCUGAUGCUGCUGCUUGCACUCGGCUACACGGUCACCAGGAGCGUCCUGACUACGUCGCAAGUACGAUGGCUCGUCGUAUUCGUCGGCAUCACCGCAUUCUUGCAAAUGUCGCUGUAUAUCUACGAGUUCGAGAUAUUUGAUCCGGGCUUGGUGUUGUACAUUUACGAGUCGCCGCCAGGCUACGGACUGAUAGCGCUCAAGCUGGUCGCCUGGUUCGUCUUUAUCACCCGCUGCUGCAAGACCAUUAGAAAGCUGAACACGAAGCUCAAUUUCUACGCUUCGCUUCUCUCCUUGGGAUCGGCCUGGUUCCUCUGUCAUCCGCUAACGGUGCUGACCGUCACGAUAUUCGUAGAUCGAUGGGUGAGGGAGAGUGUCGCCAAAGGAAGCUCCCUUUGGAUUGUCUUCUUGGGUCACGUCACGUUUUUAUAUGUAACACGACCGUCCGUCAACAACAAACGUUUUCCAUUCCACAUUAGAACGUGUCAAGUUGUGCCCAUAGGCGGUCAAGGGCAGGAUCACGGCUACGAGCCUGGUCCUCGAACCGCAGUCACAGCGUUUACUAUCGCACGGACACCGGCUUACUUUAGUCAACCACGUUGAAAGUAGAAAGACGAAACAACAAGUGCGAUCACUGGUGGAAUGCACUAUAUUAUGGCUUAAAAAACCAAUUUUUCUAAUAUCAGAAUAUUUUUUUACUACUAUAUACACGAUACAUAUGUAAUGCGGUGUAAUUCUGCAUCGCAAUUACGCCAGUCCUUUAAACGAUUGACUUCUAUUUCUCGCAAAAAUGCAUUUACAAUAAAGUGCAUAAUGUGUUACUUUA